CGACGAGCGAGACGAUGAGGGGAGUAGGGACAUGGUUUGAAUGCAAGAGUAUGUAACGGCCGAAACAGCUUUGAAUAUAUAUCGCGUCGAUGAUCGAGGGUGGCUUCGUACGGCUAACCCGAAAUCACACUUUCGGCUGUCAUCUUGCCUAGCCAUACUGGUCCUGCCUCGAGAUACUUACAACUAACUUCGUCAUUGAAUAUUUGAAACAUUGACAGCGAGUCCAUCUACUGUAGUGGUUGUCAGAAACGAGCUUAAGUUGCAAUAGGAAGCUACUGAAACCAGCGCAUUCCCGCCCAAUUCAUUUCAGACAGGGCUCACACGGAACCAGUUCGGUAUGCUCGCCGUUUCCCCAGCCUCCUCCUCAAAGACACCCAACUCGAGUGCUCCGCAGCCUCAGAACCCGCUUUCAAUUCGGCUUUACAAGGUCCUUGCAGCGAACUUCGAUGAUGAAUCUACCAAGGAAGCCUUGAACACGCUCGCUGAGCUGUAUGCACCUCCGGCCACGUUGUCUGCCAUCAAUAAAGGAAAAGGCACGCAGAAACGAGAAAGCGAUGAUGAAGAGGAAGAGGACGAGGAACGUGUACCAGCUCGCUUGGAACGUACCACUGUGUUAGUCAAUGAGACUACUCCUGGAGAUAUUGCUGCUCGAGCGAGGAAGAACCUCAAGCGUGAUGUCGAGUCAAAAUUGGCUGAAUCGAGCCGGAAAUUCCUGGAUGCGUUUGCCGAGGUGGACAAGCAAUUAGAUACCCUACAUGAGCAUAUCAAUGCGAUGCGCACACGUUGUGACGAUGCCCAGUCGCAACUGCACCAGACGAAUGAGGCCUGUAAAUCUUUACUAGACAGAGCUGGUAGCUUGCGAGAACAGAGACAGGAAAUCGCUUCCCGACAAUCAGUCAUAUCCCUUUUCCUUGGUCGCUUCACGCUUACUGCAGAUGAGGCUGAAGCCAUCACAUCGCGAGAAGUAGCUGUCGGGUCUCGCUUCUUCUCUGCUAUGACGAAAACAGAACGGAUACGAGAAGACUGUCGUGUGCUCAUGGCUGCCGAAGAAGGUCCAACGCAAGCAGGUUUAGAUAUCAUGGCCGCUACUUCAUCUUACCUCGAACAAGCGUACGACAAGAUCUUCCGCUAUUGCUCUUUUGAGUUCCGUCAAAUGGGUCGAGAUGCUCAGUCAGAAGUCGGACCUGUAAUGCAGGAAGCUGUCAAGCGAUUACAACAACGGCCGGAAGUCCUCACUGAGGCCCUCUCGAUACUGUCACAAACACGUCAAGCCACACUUCUGACUGGCUUCAUGGAUGCCCUGACCCGAGGCGGUCCAGGUGAUCUACCUCGACCUAUCGAGCUUCACGCUCACGAUCCACUACGGUAUGUCGGUGACAUGCUUGCAUGGGUACAUCAGGCUAUUGCAGCGGAGAGAGAAUUCCUGGAGUCUCUCUUCGGCAUAAAAGGUGACAUGCGAAUGGUCGGAAGUGUACGGACAUUCCGUAAGAGCGAUGAAGAAGAGUGGAUGAGCGAAUUGAUGGAUGCGGCUGUCGGGAAGCUCAGCUCUUCACUGAAGGUACAUUUCGACUGUGCCUGCAGCACGUUUUUAUACCGACUUAUGGUGUCCAUGCAGCUUCGCGUACAGCAGACUGUUCAGUCCCAAGAAAGCAGUAUCACGUUGUUCAAGAUUGCUAAUCUACUUCAGUUUUAUUCCCUCACGAUGCAGAGAACUAUAGGCGAAGAGGCUGCUCUCUCGAAGAGUCUGAAAGAGAUGACUGUCAUGUCUUACCAGACCUUCUUCGCUGCUAUAGAUACUCAGGGCCGUUCACUGCUACGCAUGCCCCUGGAUCUCGACGACCGCAGUGUUUCUCCACCUCUACCCAUACUCGAUCAUCUCCAAGUGCUCCGAGAGAUAAUGCUCGUCUAUCAAUCUUCCAUGCUCGAAGACGUAGACGCAGACACGCAAACAGCAGGCUUCAGGGACAUUCUUGAUAAAAUGAUCGACCCCGCGAUCGAGAUGUGCAUGGCUUCUUCUGAAGGGAAGCAACGCCUGCGGCCAGGAUGGGAUAGAUCAGUAUUCGUAUUGAAUACACUGACAUAUCUCCAAAGUGCCCUGGAGCCAUUUGCCUUUACCACGGAGAAGCAGGGUGUCUUGCAAGGUCUUAUUGAGACAAGGGUGUUACAAUUAACGGAAGAGCAUUAUGCCAGCAUUCUUAUCGAUACCGGUCUUGGAGAAAUCAUCGAAGCUUCGAAGAGCCGCAAAGACAAUGAACCACUUUCGCGACUUCCGGAGGCCUCGCCUGCAAAACUACAAGCAGCACUGCACCAGUUCUCGGAAUGGCUCACGUCUCACACUGUUGAUCAAUCUCCACGUCUUGCGGAGCUUACUGUUCAAAGUCUUGCUGCUCGUAUACACCAGGCAGCUCUCGAACGUCUAGUUCAUACAUAUCGCUGGUUGUGCGAUGAGGUCAAGAAGCCAGAGAACAAGUAUGAAGCCGCUUCGACAAUUCUUGGCAGCUCGAGACCUUUCGGUCAGACACAUCUCUUGUGGCAAAUCUUCGGCGUAGAGGAGAAGGAGACUUGACGCACUUUCAUCUCAACUUGUUUUUCUUUGAUAACCUCAUCAAUGUCUGUUAUGUUCACUUGCCAUUCCAUGGAUCUAUUCUGCAGCUAUGAAUGCUAGCGUUGGGCAGCAAUAUCAAUCAUCGCAUUUCUGGGUGACCCAUUACAAAUAGGUAAGUGUAGCGUGCGAGUCGAGACGAUGGUCGUGAUCGUCUUCCUCUCAUUGCAGUGGUGCCUCACCAGUAUGUCGCACGAAAGGAGUGACAAGAGGAACCGCUGGCAUUGUGGUGUGAUUGACAGGAUUCACAUUGUACAGACUCAUUAAUUGCAGUGGCAGCUGUGCAAAGUAUCGUCAGAUUGAUUUGCUUUUCAUGGAACCUGUAAG